UUUAUGUCUUUAUUUGGAUUUUGCUUUUUUUAUAUUAUAUUUUCAUUAGCAUAUAUGUGUAGACCAUUCUCUGCAACAACUUGGGUAGUAACUGGUGGAAAUAUUUCAUAUAGUGGAGAAGUAGUGAAUAAUGGAAGUAUUAGCCCUGUUGAUAUGGUAUCUUUUGUCAAAAUGGAGGAAGCUCCAAUAAUGGAUAGUGGACUUUUUGGAUUUUCUUUACAUUCUCCAUUUUAUGAACAUCCUAGAUGUCAUCUUUGGCAUUAUACUGUUUUUGGAAUUCAGGGAUAUAUUCGUAUGGUUUGUGAACCUUUAACUAUUGCAAUUGUUCUCUUCCAAUUAGCUGGAGAACUUUGGGAUAUAUACAGUAUUGGACAUGUUCGAUGGUGGCAAAUUUUAAUAACAUUUCCAACAAAAAUUUUUUACAAAAUGUCAUUACUUUUAAUUAUUGGUGUCGUUCCCAUAAGAUUUGCUUGUGGAUUAGGCGAUUUUAUGCUCUUUUUGGAUAAUAUGUUUUCAAUUUCUGCUGUCGUUUUAAUUUCUCUUCAUUUUUUGGUUUUUUUUUUAUUUAAAUAUUUUUGGUAUCUGGUUGAUUAUCGCUUCCUCAUUCUCCUUUCCUUUUUUGCGUAAUAUUUGAGAGUUCGUCACUCCACAACGAAGCACCUCCAUAGAAACACAAAGCUUUUCUAGCGUAAACUUAAUAU